ACACCUGAACACCCCGGGUCCCGCCGAGGAGCCUCCCCGCGGCGGCGGCGGGGGUGGGGGGCGCGGAGCACCGGUCCCCUGCGCCCCGCACGGCCGCGGCCGCCUGCGCUCCGCGUCCCGUCCCCUCCGUGGCCUCCGGGGGAGGAGGAUGGGGCUGGACGCGCUUUCCCCGAGGAUGCUCGUGUGGCUGGUGGCCUCGGGGGUCGUGUUCUCCGGGCAGCCGUGGGUCUGCGCUGGCCUCGGGGACGAUUUUUACGCUUUGGAUGGGAGCGAAGAGGACAGGACGGAGAGCCUAGAUUACAAGGACCCGUGCAAAGCCGCUGUAUUUUGGGGUGAUAUUGCCUUAGAUGAUGAAGACUUAAAUAUCUUUCAAAUAGAUAGGACGAUUGAUCUUACACAGAAUCCUUUUGGACAGUUUGGACAUACCACAGGUGGACUUGGAGAUCAUGGUGUAUCAAAGAAACGAGGAGCCCUCUACCAGCUUAUAGACAGGAUCAGAAGAAUCGGCUCUGGCUUGGAGCAAAACAGCACAGUUAAGGGAAAAGUACCUCAAAAAUUCUCAGGGCCAAAUGAGAAAAACCGAGUUCCCAGAGCUGCCACAUCAAGAACUGAGAGAAUCUGGCCUGGAGGUGUUAUUCCUUACGUUAUUGGAGGCAACUUCACUGGCAGCCAGCGAGCCAUGUUCAAGCAGGCCAUGAGACACUGGGAAAAGCACAUGUGUGUGACUUUCAUUGAAAGAAGUGACAAAGAAAGUUAUAUUGUAUUCACCUACAGGCCUUGUGGGUGCUGUUCCUAUGUGGGGCGAAGGGGAAAUGGACCUCAGGCAAUCUCCAUUGGCAAGAACUGUGAUAAAUUUGGAAUUGUUGUUCACGAGUUGGGUCAUGUGAUAGGCUUUUGGCACGAGCACACGCGGCCAGAUCGAGAUAACCAUGUAACCAUCAUAAGAGAAAACAUCCAGCCAGGUCAAGAGUACAAUUUUCUGAAGAUGGAACCCGGUGAAGUGAACUCACUUGGGGAAAGAUACGACUUUGACAGCAUCAUGCACUAUGCCAGGAACACCUUCUCAAGGGGGAUGUUUCUGGAUACGAUUCUCCCCUCCCGCGAUGAUAAUGGCAUACGUCCCGCCAUCGGUCAACGCACGCGUUUAAGUAAAGGAGAUAUUGCACAGGCAAGAAAGCUGUAUCGAUGUCCAGCAUGUGGUGAAACCCUACAGGAGUCCAAUGGCAACCUCUCCUCCCCAGGAUUCCCCAACGGCUACCCUUCCUACACGCAUUGCGUCUGGAGAGUGUCUGUGACGCCAGGGGAGAAGAUUGUUUUAAAUUUCACCACGAUGGACUUAUACAAGAGCAGUCUGUGCUGGUAUGACUACAUUGAAGUGAGAGAUGGGUACUGGAGGAAGUCACCCCUCCUUGGUAGAUUCUGUGGGGACAAAGUGCCAGAAGUUCUCGCCUCUACAGACAGCAGGAUGUGGAUCGAGUUUCGUAGCAGCAGUAAUUGGGUAGGAAAAGGCUUUGCCGCUGUCUAUGAAGCCAUCUGUGGAGGUGAGAUACGGAAAAAUGAAGGGCAGAUUCAGUCUCCGAAUUACCCUGACGACUACAGACCCAUGAAGGAAUGCGUGUGGCGAAUAAUGGUGUCGGAGAGCUACCACGUGGGACUGACCUUUCAGGCUUUUGAGAUUGAAAGACAUGACAACUGUGCCUAUGACUACCUAGAGGUUCGAGAUGGAACCAGCGAAAACAGCCCUUUGAUAGGGCGUUUCUGUGGUUAUGAUAAGCCUGAAGACAUAAGAUCUACCUCCAACACCUUGUGGAUGAAGUUUGUUUCUGACGGAACUGUGAACAAGGCUGGGUUUGCCGCUAACUUCUUUAAAGAGGAAGACGAGUGCGCCAAAGCUGACCGAGGCGGCUGUGAGCAGCGGUGUCUGAACACCCUGGGCAGCUACCAGUGUGCCUGUGAGCCGGGCUACGAGCUGGGGCCGGACAGGAGGAGCUGCGAAGCUGCUUGUGGCGGACUUCUUACCAAGCUUAAUGGCACCAUCACCACCCCAGGAUGGCCCAAAGAGUAUCCUCCUAAUAAAAACUGUGUGUGGCAAGUGGUUGCACCAACCCAGUACAGAAUAUCUAUGAAGUUUGAGUUUUUUGAAUUGGAAGGCAAUGAAGUUUGCAAAUAUGAUUAUGUGGAGAUCUGGAGUGGGCUUUCCUCUGAGGCUAAGUUACACGGCAAGUUCUGCGGAGCUGAAGUGCCCGAAGUGAUCACGUCCCAGUUCAACAACAUGAGAAUCGAGUUCAAGUCUGAUAAUACUGUUUCCAAGAAGGGCUUCAAAGCACAUUUUUUCUCAGACAAAGACGAAUGCUCUAAGGAUAACGGCGGGUGUCAGCAUGAAUGUGUCAACACAAUGGGAAGCUACAUGUGCCAGUGCCGUAAUGGAUUUGUGCUGCAUGAAAAUAAGCAUGAUUGCAAAGAAGCUGAGUGUGAGCAGAAGAUCCACAGUCCAAGUGGCCUCAUCACCAGUCCCAAUUGGCCAGACAAGUACCCGAGUAGGAAGGAGUGCACGUGGGAGAUCAGUGCCACUCCCGGUCACCGCAUCAAACUAGCUUUUAGUGAAUUUGAGAUUGAACAGCAUCAAGAAUGUGCUUAUGAUCACUUGGAAGUAUUCGAUGGAGAAACAGAAAAAUCGCCAAUUCUUGGACGACUGUGUGGCAACAGGAUACCAGAUCCCCUCGUGGCUACCGGAAAUAAAAUGUUUGUUAGGUUUGUUUCUGACGCAUCUGUUCAAAGAAAAGGCUUUCAAGCCACGCAUUCGACAGAGUGUGGCGGCCGACUGAGGGCUGAGCCAAAGCCCAGAGAUCUGUACUCGCACGCGCAGUUUGGUGACAACAACUACCCGGGGCAGGUGGACUGCGAAUGGCUGUUAGUUGCGGAACGAGGCUCUCGACUGGAGUUGUCCUUCCAGACGUUUGAAGUGGAGGAAGAAGCAGACUGCGGCUACGACUACGUGGAGCUCUUUGACGGCCUGGAGCCCGCAGCCGUGGGGCUGGGUCGCUUCUGCGGCUCUGGGCCACCAGAAGAGAUCUACUCAAUUGGGGAUACAGUUUUAAUUCAUUUUCACACCGAUGACACCAUCAACAAGAAGGGAUUUCAUGUAAGAUACAAAAGCAUCCGCUAUCCAGAAACCUCUCAUACCAAAAAUUAACAGCAGAAACUUCUGUCCGAACUUAAAGGGAUGUGCAGAAUGCAGAGAAAACGUAUUUUUUUCUUUGUUAAAAAACUGAAGAUAUUAGCACAAAUGUUUUAUAUAAUGAGUUUCAACAAUGGAAAACUUUUAAGACCAGGAUCCUCUCUUUAUUCAAAGAGAAGUUCCCAUCAACGCGAAUCAGCCGUGCAAGGGUGUUUGAACUCCAUGCUCGAUGGUGUUGACAAAGCUGGCGAGAGGACCUCCCAGGCUUCGAGGAAGACUGAAGCUUGAAACAGGCGCCCCACAAGUCAGACAGCUCAUCCAGGGGCUGUGACCCUGCGGAGUGCUCUCUCUGACCUGCGCUCAAGAUUUGGGGGGCACAAAGUGGCCUCGCUGGUCAUAAACUGGAAACCCCCCUUCUUGUGUCUUGGGAUAAUUGCUUUGACUUUGUAUCUCGGAUACCAUAUAAACCAGAUCCGUCUAAGGUGAUGUGAGAUGGGAGUCUUUGAAGGGUGGUGUGUAUUUGUGUGUGUACACUUGUGUGUGUAUGUGUGUGCGUGUGUGUGUGUGUAUUCUGUGAUGUUUGGAAACUGGAAUACUUCAGCUUCAUAAUUUUCAUUUGCAGGCCAACUUAACCUCUUUGAAACACAAAUGAUCUUGAAACCACUUCAUUGUACUUACAUUCGGACAAAUUUGAAAAACCUGUAGUGUCUGUUGUUGCAGUUAAACUCUUGCCAUUAUUUGUUCAAGUGCUGGAGAUGGACAGCUAAUUGUUACUUCAGUUCUUUCUACGGAAGUGUUGCCUUUUCACACCAAAUCCAAGAAGCCUGUAAUGUCUUACGAACCUUACAACAAAACCCCCACGCGGUGUGCUGGAUGGUUCAUACUCAAGUUAUUACUGCUGCUAUUGUCCUUUUCUUGUUAUUAGUCUUCUUAUUGUAGUUAUUAUUGGUUCACGAUGUUACGGUUAGUGUAUAUAAACAAAAUGAAAUGAAGCAAGGACGAGGACAUAGGCCUUAAGAGAACUGAAGGAUCUCUCACUGUUUCUUUUCCUCUUCUGGCAUUCAGUUAAAAAAAAAAAAAAGAUGCAAUGUUGUAAAAAAAAAAAAAAAAGGAUUUGUUGCUGAAAGACUUCCUAUGGUGCUAUUCCAAGAAAUAUUUUUUAAACAAGUUUUUGACCUUUGAGCCAACCACCUGUAGACUGGGAGUGCGUCCCUGUGUCUGGCUGUUGGCAUCUGAAGACGGAAGACUUGCUAAUUUUAUCAAGAGUGCAUCAUUGCCAGGGCAGCCCUUGUCCUGUGGAACAACUACUUAUAAUGCCUUAGAAUUCUUGCACAUGAUUGAACGGAUCCUCCUAGAGAGAAGUCUUUUUGAAAUGUUGAACAUAACCAUACACAUUCUUCAGUAGCUCUCUGAGAAAGAUCCGCUUCUGUGACCGAAACACAUUGGAUAUAAAUAUGGUGACUUGCUUUUACUGUAGAAAAUGUAAUUUUAGAAUGAAUUUUCUGCUUUAAAGCUAUGCGUGCUUUUAAUAUUUAUGUAUAUGUGAGAUUGUCUGAGUGAGUGAAGCUACCAAAAAAUGAAAAUAAUGAGUAGUUGAAAAGUUAAAUGUAUGUGCCAAGUUCUACUAGAAUCCUGUAUGAAAUAGCACCUUUCUUAGGUUUCAUGGACAAAUAAUGGGAACUUCUAAUUCUUAUCAGUCCCAUUAAAGAAAGGCUUUUCCUUUAGAAAAACUCUAUUUUGAUAUUUUUGAUGUUGAUGGAAAUCGCUAUUUAUGAAGCAGCUUUGUUUCUAUUACCUGUCCAUGAACACUCAACAUAUACCAAUUUUAAUAAAAUUGGGUAUAGAAUUAUUUCUUCAUUUUUACAAAAUUAAACUAUACACAUAGAUGUAGCUUAUUUGUUUUUCUCUCUUUGUUGCCCUGAAAAAUCUUUUCUUCCUUACAAAUUGUAAAAUGUAAAUACAUUUUUUAAAACCAGUGUUUUGAUUUUAUUGAAAGUUACUUCCAAGUGUAGAACUAUUGCCUGCAAUGUAGAUGAGCCUCUUAGUGGAGCUGAUUUAUUCCAGUGACUUCUUCCAUAUUUUUUUCCUCUAAUCUCCGAUUAGCCAAAAAUAUGCCAGGAAUGGGGAAGAGAGGAGAAGAAUACCUUAACACUUUUAGGGAUACACACUUCUCUUAGCCCUGUGGUAGGCAUACGCAUUAGUUCUUUGUGAACGCCAUGCUACCCUUUGGGGCUGUGGCAAUGUUCUCACUUUGUAGUUCAGGACUGAGGCUUAGUGAAGGUAGGUAGCCUCCCCAGGGUCACAGUGUAAUGCUAAAUUUUGAAACCCGGCUUGUUUGAUAUCAAAGUCUGUGUUUGUUCUAGAAAAUGUAGUGGAAUCAAUCUUGACAUAUAUAAAUUGUGGGUUUUUUUUUAAGAUAAAACUUUUCCACAUAAAGUAAAUUUUAGGGAUGAAUUACAGUAAAAACCUUCAGGAUAAAAAUAUCGUUCCUUUCAGGGACAGCAUGAGAAUUAGAAUUUCAAAUGUAGUUAUCUUUAAGAACCAGAAGUAGCACUAGAGACUAAAGAAACAAAUUCUAGUUUGGAGUUAGUAUGGGUCUUUUGUUAGGAUAAAUGUGUUAAGUUAUUUUCCCUGGCAUGGUAAGGGAAACGCGCUGUUCUGUUUUGGGAAAGUGUUCUGCUAGUCCAGUUGAUAAGCUGUUAGGCUACAGUGAGCUGUGCUCCACACACCCAGGAAAAUUAAAGAAAAUAUUUAGAAGACACAUAGAGACGCUCUCACAAAUUUAGUUCUUUGACGUGAACAUUCAUUUUUAUUGUAUCUUAUGUCAGAUAUCAGUUUAUUGUGUAUUAUUUUUAUAUUAAUUCAACGUUUUCCUUAAAUGUGUUAAUACAAAUGGCUUUGUUAUGGUUUUGUUAAUAAUUGUUAGUUACUGUUCUAGGCAUUUUAUUAAAUUAAUUUUGUAAGUUAUUUUCAACCCCUA